AGAGGCUUGACGGCUCUCCCUCUGAAACACCAACCCCACUUCUACUGCCGUCGUCAAUUCUCAGGUUUUAUGUCCUGAGAUAGCCUGGAAGUCAUCGGAAAGAGUGCUCCGCGGCAGCAUAUGCCCGAAUCUACUCAAGAGCUGGCUCAUCCCGGACGAUCAGGCACACCUCCACCGCCCUAUACGACUCCCACCAACCCUCGCCGAUCACCCCAAGGCCCUCCAAACUAUACGCCCCGAGUAUCUCUCUCCGUCCCGAGCCCUUCUCCUCAAGAAUCCGAUGCUUCUACUUUAGCAGACUCCCCCGAUCCUCCCAGGCGAGCAGUCUCAGCCCUGCAUCCGCAACUCGCUGUCAUUCUGAACGUGCCAAAGCGCUGGCAUAUCUGGCUUCAAGCGCUCCGAUGGCUUUCCAUAGGUCCUGCUGUGUUCUGGGAUUUCUAUUGCGCCUGGGCUCUUCUGAAGGGGAUGAAAACCCACUAUGCCAAUGGAAGGCCCAUCUCAAGCUGGGGAUUUGAAGAGAGGAUGUGGUUCACUGAGAUCACUCUUGCAAUGCUUUGGUGCUCAUCAUCUGCAUAUAUCAGUUUCUUCUUCAUUGAUUGUCUUAUGAGCCGUUGGCUCCUACACUAUCCAAUCGGGUCCGCACUCUUCCGACUUGCCACCAUGGACCUCUUGAACAUGUUUCUCACACACCAGUUCAUCGAGCUAUGUGGAGCAAGGACGAAUUCCCCUCGUCUCUUUGUAGCUUGGAUCUGCAUUGCCAGUACACUCACACUUCUCUACCACAUCACCCACCGCCGCACCAACAUCAAACGCGAGACAACCGCAGCCGUUCGCGUCUUCUCACCCCUCGCUUUCCUCAGUUUGUGCCUUAUCCUGCUGCAGUAUCACUGGCCGACAGCCAGCAAUACGAUUGCAGGGAGUCCAGACGCUGUUCCCUUCUUUGUGAGUAUCAGGCGCGUGGGUCAAUGGAUUGGGGAUAUGACGCGGGAGUUAUGA